GCCGUACGGUGCUUCAUCUUCACCCUCUCCGGCCUGGAGCUCUAUCAUACUCAGCUCCUCCCUCUUUUACGCGAGUAAUUUAGUAGUGUACGCUCUUUCGCCUGCUCACACAUUCUUAUCUCUCCAUCCAUCCAACUAAACUUUUCCGCUUUCCACGGGUUAUUCUCCUUUUUGCUCUUCCACAAACAUUACUCGAUCCUCACAUUUGCCCACCCCCCCUUCGGCUCUUGUGCUUGCAGGCGCACCGUUACCGCCCCAUCUAUUUCCCUCGGCUCUCGUCUCUCCCCCGGCUCGCUUCAAAACCAGCGUGGAGGCGGAAUCAAUCACCCUUGGACUCCCUGCUCGUCCACAGCAUUCUAUCAUCAUCAACCAGAGGUAGAUAGCUGCAAUGCUCCGAGUUAUCCCCUACCCACCACCUCCCCGCUCGAUGGUAAACGGCGACAGCAGAAUGAGCGGUCACAAUCUUCAUCAACAGCCGCGUAUGGUCCCUAAUACUCCGGCAUCUGCCCCCGAGCCGGUGGUCGCCCCCGCAACCGUGUCGCGUGUCUACCGGGCCGCUACAAAUCUCUUCCUGACACGACGACUGCCGGAUGCCUUGAUGGCUUUGCAGCCUAUCAUUGCCGACUCCGUUUCUCCGAGGGUUGGAUGCUCUCGUACGCUUAGAAUCAAAAUAUGGAGUUUGUAUUUUGCUAUUCUGGACGCCACGGCUAAAAUGGGCCCGGAGGAGGGGAAGAGAGUUUGGGGUGCCCAGGAAUGGAGGAGGAUUGUUUCCAGAGUCAGGAGCGGCGCCAUAUGGAAUGAGGCGAUCCGAACUUAUGGCGAAGAGGGCAGAAUCGACGGGGAUGUUGUGAACACACUGUAUGCUUGCCCCACAAAAUUGUAUUGUCAAUGUUUUGUUUGCAUGGUUGGUCGUGCUGAUGAUGCUACCUUUAAGCGUGAUGUUGCUGCUAGCGCAUUCACAGGAUCAAACCGUCACUCAGAAAAAGAUUGAGGCAUAUUUAUCGGCCGCGCCUAGCUUGUUUGGGUCCGAUGAUGACCCCAAAGCAGUAUCGCAACGGGUCAAACUCAUGGAACUUUACAUCCUGCAUGUUCUUCCCCGAGUGGGGGACUGGGAAUACGCUAGAGAGUUCACCCAGAUGAGUCCUGAUCUGGAUGAAGAGCAGAAGGAGGUACGAUCAGUCAUUAUACCCGACUCCCCUACAUGCCACCCGUGCUGAUUUAUCCUAGGCUUUCCAAGCGACCCUCGAUGCGCUUCAGAAGGACAAGGAAGAGGCCGAGCGUUACAGCCAGGAAUUGGAGGCACGGAAGGAGGCCGAGUGGGAAAAAGAACGGCAGGCCGAGCAAGAGCGCCAGAAACGGGAGCUUUCCCCACCAACAAGCGCCCGCCCGACGCCCCGAAGACAGAGUGUUCAAGGCCGAACGAAGAGGAGCAAAGCCGGGAGUGUGCGGGGCGAUAGCCCCACGGAAGAAAAGAUGAUGAAGAAGCAGGCGAGGACAAGAAGCGAGGAUACCAGGGGAGCCAUAAGCGCACGGUCCGGCUCCAAGAACAAGAACACCACAUCACUAUUCUCCACCACCACCGCGCUCCUCAACAGGUUGCAGUCACAAAUGUACACGGCCCAUGGCAGGUUCACGCUCCUGCGAACGGUCAUCAUGUUGGCCAUGGUGGUCUGGAUGACCAGCAAGCGUCGGGUCAGGGAGAAGGUUAGGAGGUUGUUAAUGCUGGCUUGGAUCAAGACUACCCGUACCGUGGGAAUGGGAAUGAAGGUCACCUACAUUUGAGUUGUUUAGGCGGGACUCGCUGUAUUGGUAAUUGUGAAUGGGGUGUUUGGAGUUUUUUUCCUUCAACGGGUUUACUUCUAGUUCUCUUUUUUUUAUUUUUAUUUUUAUUUUUUACCCUCCCAUUUUCUCCAUCUUGUCACUUGCAUGUUUUCCAUGGUGUCGUAUCUAUGCCUUUUCCUUCUUCCUGCGCUCUUACAUUCUACUGGGGUUUAAAAGGGGAGAAAAAUAAAUAAAUAGGGAUCUCGGUGAUAGUCUAGCGUGUUUUCUUCCUCUUUCUUCUGUUUACUGUAGUGUACUAGUACUUAUAUAAUACGACCUAGCUUGUCGGUGCCCAUG